GAUUAUUUGCCUUCGGAUUUUUAUUCUAAAUCGACAGCUUGAUGCAAACGGUGCACAGAACGGAACGGAUCGGAUCGUAUCAGAGAGCCGUAAACGACGCGAUGCUAGUGCUCAGAAACUCGUGUGUGCAUCAACAAAUAAUUUUUGUGGUAAAGCUGUGUAUGGCUUGCGCCAAUUGGCAAAAAGAGCUUUAAGAAAACAUUUGACAUAGUUAACAGACACUUAAACUUGUUUUAUGAGCACACACUUGGGGAGUGUGUGGCAAGAUAUUUUCACUAGAAAUCGCAAUUAAAUUAAAUCAAGCAAUAUGUCGGAGGUACUUGGAGCCAAUGUGACAACAGCCGUUGUAGCAGCAAACUCAACUGCCGGGUCAACAUUAUCCAAAGCGUCGCCAUAUUAUAAUCACACCAGUCGACUGAUAAUUCCCAUGCUUGUAAUGGGCCUCGGAGUAAUUUUGAAUUUUCUGGCUCUGGUUAUGCUAGCGCGCAAAAAGCAUAAUAAAAACAGCAAAUAUACAUUCAUGUUGCGAUGCCUAGCUACGAAUGAUCUAAUGGGUCUGCUAGGAAUGGUAACAAGUGCAAUGUUUUUCUAUGUGGUUGACGUAGAUGAAGGAUCAUUUUUGAAACGCUUAAACUGCAUUGGGCAUGUAGUGUGGAGGGCCUUUGGCGUUAGCUCUGGCUGCAUUGCCACAGUAAUGGCCGCAGAACGUUGUAUGGCAUUGGCCCGACCGUUUAUUUAUCACAAGCAUAUCACCUAUGAGUUGAUACAAAAAAGUGUCUAUAGUAUCAUUACGAUUGCAAUAAUCAUAACAUUUCUGCCAUUUCUUGGCUUCGGUGCUUAUAUUGAUGAGUCAAAUCCCCAUAAAUUAAUAUGUGUUCGCUACCGAGAUGCGUCUGGAUUUUGGAAUGCAGCCUAUUCGAUAUUGUUCAUGGUCUUUGGGAGCUUGCUUUGCAUUGUAAUUGUGACCUGCAACUUGUUUGUGGCGCGCGUGCUGUGGAUUAUUGGACGAAGUCGCACCAGCAAGAGACACAUGCAAUACUACUUGGUUAACCGGGAGACAAGCGUUCGCAACAUCGAACAGGAGAACAGCAGUGGCACAACAUUGUUUCAAAGCCAUCCCAGCACUGGCAACAGUCUGCUUCACAAUAUGCCACCACCACGACAAUUUCAUCAUAGCAACAGUGUGACGAUGACAGCAGAGACAUCGCCCGAUGAGAUUAAGUUUGCCAAGUUAAUGGCCUUCUUAAGCAUCUCAUUCGUAGUAUGUUGGAUGCCGCAAAUGAUCGCAAUUCCGCUGGCCAUUCGAAAAGAUCGUGUGGUCCAGUCACAUAAAUUCUUUAUAAUAGCUGAUGCACUGAUGGCAUUGCAUUUCACUCUGGACCCGUUUAUUUACGUUCUAAGCCGGUCCAAAAGCGUUAAUUGGUCGUUGAUUGCCUGCAUCAAGAGGUGGAGAUGUGGUCGAAGACUGCAGCGCUCUCAAAGCGACCAAAGUAGAAUUCGGACCACAACGACAGAGCAACAUACUCUGGACUUUAACUAAGGUGUCCCAUUAGUUAUCUCUCACAACAUUUAAUAUUACAUUGUUACGUAGAAGUGUUGUUUGUUACACUUCUGAUCGCACAUUCACUGAUAUCCUUCGUAGACUUCAUCAUUCAUUUAUAAUUAUUUCGCCUAUGUCCCCCGUCUGAGUUUCUCUAUCUGAUACAACCACAUCCUAUAUAAACAUAAAUUAUAAAUUAAUAACGUAUUAAACUUAUGUUAAGAACCUAAAAUUACCUUUAAAAAAUACUUUCCCUUAAAUAAUGUAAUCAACAUUGUUAUCAGUGAAUAAUUUUUUUUUAAUUUAGUCAUAUAAUUUGAAUUGUAUAUUGAAUUGUUAAGAUAUUGGUAUGAUGGGAUGGAUGCAUCGAAGACAACAAAGUGUACAUGUUGUAUGUAUGUCUGUGUCAAUUAAACAUUUUGAAAAAAAA